ACAAUAUGUAACUACCCUUCCGAACCGGCGGUGUCAUUGGGAGACCGCUGUCAACAUUACGCAGGGGAAAGAAAGCAGUCGUUGCGGCUUGACGAUCAAGGAGACCACGAACUCGCAGUCAACGCACUGGUCGUCGUCGUCGUUGUUGUAGUCGUCGUCGUCGUCGUCUAUAAGAAAGCCUUGUCUUGUGCGCAUUGAGCCCAGCACUUGAGCACAUCAGCCUUCGCCCAGACGAACUGACUCUUCCUACUUGCAGUCACAAGCCAGAACAAUAUCGCCCGAGCCCAACACCGCCAUCACCAUGACAUCUUGCGCAGCACAGCCGCCCUCGACACAGGUGCCCUUGGGGCCGACCUCUGGGCUCUUGGCUGCAGGCCCCGGCCUGCCAGCUGGCUUCCCUCGUGCCGUGGACUCGCCGCUGGCAUGGGAAGGCGCACAGUUCGCGAAUGAGGAGGAAUAUGUGCUCCGCAUGAACGAGGCCGAUGUAGAGGAGGCGAACAACGCCCUGCGGUGCUUCAAAGAACUUGGUCGCCAGGGCUACGAAGUGUCUCGAGAUAACUUUCCUCUACCCAACCUGGGGAAGAGGCUCGAAGCUCUCAGGCUGGAGGUACACCAAGGACGCGGAUUCGGGGUGGUGCGUGGUCUAAAUCCGAAAGAGUACUCUGUCGAAGACCUCAGCAUGCUACAGCUCGGUCUGCAGUGCUACAUUGCCAAUCGCCACGGCCGUCAGGACCGCAAGGGCAACAUGAUGGUUCACAUCGUCGCGGACGACUCAUCAGCAGCCGCUGCAGGACACCACCGCCACUCGACAAACCCCAUUACCUUCCACAAUGAAGAGGCGGGAGACAUUGUGAGCUGGAUGACGAGGAGCACGGCAGCUUCGGGUGGCCGGUGCAUCAUUGCGUCGUGCUACACGGUGUACAAUGUGCUGGCCAAAGAUCGCCCGGACCUGCUUCGCGUUCUUGCCGGUGCCGACUGGCCUUUCGCGUUGCCGCAGUUUCAAUGCCGUCCAAUCCUCUUCCACCACGAAGGUCGCCUAAUGAUGAAUUUUGGGAGGACGCCGCUGAUUGGCAACGAGACGCACCCGCGCUGCGAGAGCCUGCCCUCGUUGAGCGAGCGGCAGCUCGAGGCACUGGAUGCGGUGGAGAAGAUUGCGCGGGCGACGGAGCUUGCGAUCACGACCAGGCCUGGUGACCUGCACUUCAUCAACAACCUCGCUGUCCUCCACAGACGCCAGGGAUUCGUCGAUGGAGCAGCGGCUGCGGAAAAACGACACCUGGUGCGCAUGCGACUCCGGGACGAUCAGCUGGGGUGGGCGAUCCCCGAUGAGCUGCGCAACGAGUGGUACCAGGCCUUUGACGAGCACCGACGAAGCAAGGUGUGGCACCUGGUGCCCAUGCCUCCCGGGUACUACCCACUUCGAGCGCAGCCCAACUAACGUUAGAUAGUCGGUCCGGGCUCGUCGUCGGGUAGAGCCUUGGGGCCGGACGCCUCGAGUGCUCACAUUGUGCAGCAGACUGCAGGACACGAGUGGGCACUUGGAGUGGUG